UGUGGGUCCCUAUGGGUCUCUGUGGGGCACUAUGGGGUCUCUAUGGGUCACAGUGUGUCCCUAUGGGGCCCCACUGUCCCCAUCCGCCCCCACAUUUCUGUGGGGCACUGAACCGUCCCUAGUUAUGGGGGAGGAGCUCCAGCCCCACAGCCGCCCCCCUGCCCUAUAUCAGAGCUGUGGGGCAGAGCUGUGGGGCACAGCUCCAUCAUGGCCGCCACCGUCGAUCCCUGGGACUUGGGGGUCCUGGGGGGGUAUUUCCUCUGUGUCUUCGCUGUGGGGCUGUGGUCCUUACGCCGCAGUUCCCGCAGUUCCGUUACCGGGUAUUUCCUGGCCGGGAGGAAAAUGGGAUGGGCCGCGGUGGGCUCGUCGCUGUUCGCAUCCAAUAUCGGCUCUGGGCACUUUGUGGGAUUGGCCGGGACGGCUGCGGCUUCUGGGAUCGCCGUGGGAGGAUUCGAGUGGCAUGUGGGGCUGCCCCAUAGAUUGGGACCCAUAGGACAUGGCCACACGGUGUCGCUGUUGUCAAUGCAGGUUGACCUGUUCUCUGGCGCCGUGUUCCUACAGGCCGCGCUGGGCUGGGAGCUCUAUGGGGCCGUGGGGGCGCUGCUGGGGGUCACGGCCCUAUACACCAUCACCGGGGGGAUGACGGCGCUGAUGUUCGCCGACAUGGUGCAGAGCGCCGUCAUGGUGGGGGGAGCCUCCGUGUUAGCGGGAUACGCUCUUAGGGCCGUUGGUGGGGUCCCGGCCCUAUUCCAUCGCUUCCCGCUGUCUCUGCCCCCCACAACCCGUCGCUGCCCCAUAAGGGACCAGGCCCUAAAACUGCUGCGACCCCCAGGGGGCGACCUGCCAUGGCCAGGGAUGUUACUGGGAUUAGGGGCAACUGCGGGAUGGUACUGGUGUACGGACCAGGUGAUCGUGCAGCGCUGCCUGUCGGGGCGCUCGCUGACCCACGUCCGUGGGGGCUGUGUGCUGUGCGGGUACCUCAAGGUGCUGCCCAUGUUCCUCAUGGUGCUGCCCGGGAUGGCGGCCAGGCUGCUGUACCCCGAGGUGGUUGCCUGCCCCGAUGCAGCCUCGUGUCGUCGCGCUUGUGGGAUCGCGGCCGGGUGCUCCAACGUCGCGUACCCCAAACUCGUGGUGGAGCUGCUGCCCCCCGGUCUCCGCGGCCUGAUGCUGUCCGUGGUGCUGGCCGCCCUCAUGUCGUCCCUCGCCUCCAUCUUGGCCAGCGCCGGCGCCAUCUUCAGCCUGGAUCUCUAUGGCAGGAUGAGGCCCAACGCCUCGCAACGGCGCCUCCUAAUGGCCGGGAGGCUGUUCAUGCUGUUCCUGGUGGGGGUCAGCCUGGCCUGGCUCCCCAUAGUCCGUGGGGCUCAGGGGGGGCGGCUGUUCGAUUACAUCCAGGCCGUGGGCAGUUUCCUCACGCCCCCCAUCGCCGCCCUCUUCUUCCUCGCCGUCUUCGUGCCCAGGGUCAACGAGCCCGGCGCUUUUUGGGGCCUAGUGUCCGGUCUGUCUCUGGGCCUGGCCCGGAUGAUCCCGGAGUUCGCCAUGGGGACGGAACCGCCGCCAGUCCAAGUGAAGCCCAGCACCCAGGGGGCGGAGCCUCAACCAAUAGGAACGGAGCAGCAACCAAUAGGAACGGAGCAACAACCAAUAGGAACAGAGCUAAGGACCCAAGGGACGGAGCCUCGACCAAUAGGAGCGGAGCUAAGGAGGGAGGGGGCGGAGCUUCACACCGAGGGGGCGGGGCCUCAGAGCCAGGGGGCGGGGCUUGAUGAGGCCCCGCCCCCUGAUGCCCAUAUAUGGGCGCGGGUGGUGAAUAUUAACGCCAUCAUCAUGAUGGCCGUCGCCAUCUUUUUAUGGGGGUAUUUUGCCUGAAAUCCCUCGAAUUUCACCCAAAAUUGGACCCAAAAUGGCCUGAAAGGGCUCAGGGGGAAAAUGUGGAUGUUAAAUGGAAUAAAAUGGGGGGAAAUGACCCAAAAUUUCAACGUU